UGUUUCAGAAUUGUGUCCAUUGAUUCGGAAAUAACAUUUUUUUCUCCAAUAAAUGUAAAUUAUGUAUAUAAAAUCUGAUUGCAAAUAAGGUGCUAAUAAGCGCUCAUAAAAUUAAAUACCAAUUAAAUAAAUGUGCAAUGUCAGUCAAGCAUCUUUACGUAUUUAUACUUAUAUUUAUAAAUUCAGUGUGUGCCAACGCAGAAUAGUAAAAGGUACUCGCACACAUGCGCAGAAGAGGUACAUGGUGUACCUAGUAAAAGCUAGAUCCUCAACGGAAACGAACGACAAUUUUCUCUGCGGUGGUACAUUAGUCACCACCUCUCAAAUACUGACUUCAGCUGCGUGUAUCAUACGCCUGGAUAACUUAUACGCUAUAGCUGGAUAUAGGAAAUAUGUCAAUGGCAUGGAUCUCGAAAAUGAUAACUGUACGAAGCAUAAGAAAGAAAGGAUUGUUAAGAUUCGGGUGCCAAGAGGUCAUUUGUCACAUCUUCGCGAAUAUGCCAACACCAGCCGGUGGAUGGCCCUAGAUAUCGGCGUGGCUACCGUUGAGAAACCGUACGAUUUUCAAGACGUAACCUUCAAGAUAUACUGCUCAUAUAUACCAGCUGCCAUUCAAAUUAAUUAUGAUACAAAUCUGGAUAAGAAAAUUGGGACUAAUGUUGUCGCUUUGGGAUGGGGACGCGAUCGAGGUUCGAGGAUUCGCGAUCUAGUCGACCGCAACUCCGAAACUCUUAAGGAAGUGUCUAUAGUGAUACAAAAGAAAGACGAUUGCAUAAAGAAAUUCAGAGGGAACGGCUUGGCAGUACUGAUAGAGAAGUUCAUGCUAUGCACCCACGGCACAGGGAUUUUAGACGGCGAGGGGAAUGUCAUCAACGAACUGGAUAAGGCCAUUUACAAUGCUUGCGCGGACGGACAAAGACCUGGCCACGAUCAGUGUAAGGAUUUCGACGAUAAGGUCUACGCAAAUAGACGCAUACGAAGACCGAGUGUUAAACAAAACGAGACCGGCGACAUAAACCAUUUGGAUCGAAAAAUAAAUGGAAGCAAUGUAAAGCAUGUAUUCUCUAGAAGACAAGGAAUUUGUCAGUUUAUUUUCCAGAACGACCAUGGAGGUCCAUUGGUCACGUGGGUUGGUACUACAGAAUUAGUUAUAGGAGUCGCAGUUAACGGUCUUUAUGAUGUAGAGUACAACUGCGUUGGGCCCUACAUAUUUGUCAGCACGUCUGCCGCUGGUCUCAUAUUGAAGUGCUUGUUAUCUGACAAUGUUGCCACAGGUAAAAGUUGUACCCACGAAACGACGGGUGGCUUUGACAUUUUCGAAAAUGUUACACGUGGAUAUGGCGACGAAGCUUUGUUAAGAGCUCAAGAACUAACAUCAGAUUAUGAUUAUUCUUCUGUCCCACAAGUUGUUACUUUAUAAUAUGUUUUUAUUUAAUCACAUUUUCUUUCCUUUUUAUCUCCUAGAAUUAGGUUUUUAGAUCCCACCUAAUUAUUCUUUAUGUUAAAACCCUAAAACAAAUUUGGUAUCGGUAAAGACCACUGUGGCACUGGCAGUUUUAAAAAUAGCGAGUUGUAGGGCUGAUAAAAUGACCGGGUCGGCAGAACCUGAAUCCUACUACCUAUAUUAGGUAGGUACUUUUGGAUGAAAUAG